UUGAACUGCUGACAAAUUUCAAUCUGGCGAAGUUCGAAAUUUCGAUUUUGAAAUCAUAAUUCCAUCACGGGCAUCACGGUGCAUAUCUGUGAGUAAAACAGGUCUCCACGCCAUAUAAAUGACUUAAUUUCUCCAGUGUGCCAACAGAUGGCGCGCUAAUCGAUCCCGUCACCUCGCGCCACGGCGCCUCGGCAUUCAUUCUUCAUUGUUGUUGUUAUUGUUCUUAUUGCCAUUUUCGCGUCAAUUGUGUUCGAAUUACCGGCUAUCUCAACGAAUAUUCCAGGGUAUUCUAAUUAAACGGAAACUCCAAUUAAAAUAGAUCAAAUUGGCGCGUAAUUAUGUCAAAGAUAACAGGUUACGACACGCACGAUGACGGUCCAGGAUUCGUGGGCAUUAGAUUUUGUCAGGAGUGCAAUAAUAUGUUGUAUCCGAAGGAGGAUAAAGAGAACAAAGUACUCAUGUACGCGUGCAGAAAUUGCGAUUUUAAGCAACUGGCGGACAGCAAUUGCAUCUACGUGAACAAGAUCAUGCACGAAAUAGACGAACUAACUCACAUCGUCGCUGAUGUGAUAUCGGAUCCUACAUUGCCGAGAACAGAGGAACAUCCAUGCCCAAAGUGCAAUCACAGAGAAGCAGUAUUUUUCCAGGCGCAAACUAGACGGGCUGAGGAGGAAAUGAGAUUGUAUUAUGUAUGUACGAAUCAGCACUGCUCCCACAGAUGGACGGAAUAAAGCUUGUAUGGCUACGAACGUCCGUGUACCUUUAUCCUUCUACUUGCUAUUUGUAACUUAUAGUUCUUGUAAUUUUGUAAAUUGUACAAGUUGCGUUUGUAUGAUUGGAGGAGAUGCAUUGUAAUUAAUGUAACAUGAAUAAAAAUUGU